AUGAGUGUAAAAGAAGCGAUGGUAGAAAUGUUUUCUGCCGCUGUCAACAUGGAAAAAAUACAACCACCACGGAUGUGUUGUCCGUUUCGUGGAACACCCAAAUGGGCAAGUGGGCAUGCACAAAAAGGACGCCAACGGACACAUUUUGAUGAUCUUAUAGUCUGGCUUUAUGUCACGUGUGAGCUGUUUGCAAAGGAACGUGAACCCAUUCAACCGUUGCCCUCGACGUAA